GUUUACCAAACAAAAAUAAUCACAUUUCAACAUCAUCAUCAGCGAGACGACGCCAUUGCUGUGUGCUUCGAGAUGAGCAAACAAGGCUAAGUCCUUUUUCUUCUUCUUCUCUGACACACAUACAACAACCUCACUCUCUUCGUCAUCUUCCCUGUUAUUCUGAUUCAGUGUGAAGGAGGAGUUUGAGCAUGGCGACUCAAUCCACUUCUCCGACGACCACUUCUACUGAAGAAAAUUCUCAGAAUUCAGCGGUGCUUACAGAACCGAAAAAUGCGGAUCAGUCAAAUGCCCAGGCAGAGGCAACUAAACAAAAUCCUUCAACAUCUGUUUUUGUGAAUAAAGAACCAAUUCGAGAAGAACAAGUGCAAAAUGCUGUGAAAUUCCUUUCACACCCAAAAGUUAGGGGAUCCCCAGUUAUCUAUAGACGAUCUUUUCUUGAGAAGAAGGGGCUCACGAAGGAGGAGAUAGAUGAAGCAUUUCGACUUGUCCCUGACCCACCUCCAAGUGCUCAGGCUGCUGCUGUCAAUCAAGAUGGACAGGUGAAAACAUCUUCAAGCAUUCAGCCACAAACCUCGAUACAAAAUCCGCAACCUGCGGCUGCCGCUCCUACUAAUGCCAUUACUCCCGUGGCUUCCUUAACAUGGCCUCGAUUUCACUGGUCUCAUGCUAUUCUUGCUGUAGGAUUACUGGCAGUUUCAGGAGCUGGGACAGCCAUAGUAAUUAGGAAUUCUAUUGUUCCUCGGUUGAAGUCUUGGAUACGGAAAGUUGUAUUGGAAGAUGAAGAUGGCAUUGCCAAGAAAACAGACACAAAACCAAGUCUGGCAGAAGAAGCAGCAGCUGCUGCAAAAUCAGCUGCAGCAGCUGCAGCUGAUGUGGCAAAAGCAAGCCAGGAAAUGUUGAAUUCAAAGAAUGAAGAGAGAAGAUACUUUGUUGAGCUUAUGAACAUGUUAGAUGUGCAAGUGCAAGAAAUGAAGUCAAUGAGUAAUGCUAUUCGGAAAUUGGAAGGGGAGGCAAGCGCCCCUGCAAGAACUUACAUAGAUCAUGAUGACCGUCAAAUCACAGUCUCAAAUCCACAGAAAUUAUAUGUGAAUGGCAAGGCAGACUAUGACUCACGCUCAGUGAGGUCUGCCUCACCUCCUGCAUCUGCAGAACCAUCAAUUGCACCUCACUCAAAGUCUUAUAUGGAAAUUAUGGCUAUGGUCCAAAGAGGGGAGAAACCUUCUAAUAUCAGAGAGAUUAAUGAUUUACCCCCUAAUCCUAAUCAGCAACCAUCAAAUCCUCGCUUAGCACCUCGAUCCAAGCCUUGGGAAGUUAGUCAGACUCAAAACAACUCAAACCAGUUUCUGCAGUCUCAAGGAAACUAUGAAGGUCUAAAUACCAAAGUACAAGAUAAUGGGUCAGUCUAUCAGUCAAAUGGAGAUAGUUCGGUGCCUGGGUGGCAAAGGAGAAAUGCAAGAAUCACCGAGAUCGAAAAUGAAGAUGGGUCUUAUGGUUCACGGGCCAAUGAGCGACCAGUUCAGCGAACCUGGGUUCCUCCCCAGCCACCCCCAGUUCUAAUGCCAGAAGCAGCUGAAGCAAUCCGAAGGCCAAAACCAUCGGUGCAGAAAGAAUCUGCAGCUGACGGUCAGUUUGUAGCACAACCAUCAGAUAUAACAGAUGAGUUGCAGAAGGCUACAAAAUUAUCUGAAUCAGGAGGUGCAAUUGAGAUUAAUGGUGGGAGCUCAAAUGAAAUACAAGAAGCUGGAGAUUACAGUUUGAGUAAUCCGGAGCAGCCAGUGUGAUCUGAAGCACUCUUGCAUAUCCCUGCUGGACCAAUUUGAUGGUUCAAGGCUAUAUCCUUUCAAAUAUUUCUUAUUAAAGCAAAGAGAAUGAUUCAACUUUGGAUCGGCUAUAAACGAAAUAUCUGAUUCAGUUUAUGUAUACUUUAUAUAAAUCCUGUAUGUUUUUUCACGCGAAGAGAAACGUUAUAGAUAAAUAAGAUUGUGAUCUUCUGUGCAGGAAA